GAGGCCCCGCCCGGGCCCUUUAAAAAGGCUCCGCUCCAAACCCCUAGUCCAUUCCCAAAUCCAUCCCUCCGUCCGUCCGCCGGCUUAAACCCUAGACGACUAGACCUAGGGCUCCUCCGACCACCGCCGCCGGUUGCCAUGGAGUUCUGGGGCCUUGAGGUUAAGCCUAACCAGUCCGUCAAGGUUUCACCUGAUGACGAGCACUUCCUCCAUCUCUCCCAGGGUGCCCUUGGUGAAGUGAAGAAGGAUGACAAGGCAACCAUGUUCGUCAAGAUUGGCGACCAGAAGCUAGCCAUCGGGACCCUCUCUACUGACAAGUUCCCUCAGAUCCAGUUUGACCUCGUCUUCGAGAAGGAGUUUGAGCUCUCACACAAUUCCAAGACGUCCAGCGUCUUCUUCUCUGGCUACAAGGUCUUCCAGCCUGCCGAGGGAGAUGAGAUGGAUUUUGAUUCCGAGGACGAGUCUGAGGAGGAGGAGGAAGAGAAGAUCAUCCCAGCACUCACCAAGGAAAACGGCAAACCUGAAGCCAAGGAGCAGAAGAAGCAGGUUAAGAUUGACACUGCUGCACCUUCAAAGUCAAAGGCUGCUGCCAAGGAUGUGGGAAAAUCUAAGAAGGAUGAUGACAGCGAUGACGAUGAUGACAGUGAUGAGGAUGACAGCGAAGAUGACUCUGGUGAUGAUGGAGCAUUGAUUCCCAUGGAGGAUGAUUCUGAUGAUAGUGAGGAUGGUGAUGAUUCCUCUGAUGAUAGUGAGGAUAGCUCUGAUGAGGAGGAAGAAGAAACACCCAAGAAGCCAGAGACUGGGAAGAAGAGGGCGGCUGGAAGCGUGUUGAAGACCCCUGUUACUGACAAGAAGGCCAAGAUUGCAACACCGUCAGGCCAGAAGACAGGUGACAAGAAGGGAGCUGUCCAUGUGGCGACUCCUCACCCGGCCAAGAAGGCAGGCAAGACCCCGGCUACCAGCGAGAAGUCGCCCAAGUCUGGAGGGUCGGUCGCGUGCAAGUCGUGCAGCAAGACAUUCAACAGCGAGGGCGCUCUAGCUUCGCACUCCAAGGCCAAGCACGAGGCCAAGUGAAGAGGAGAGGAAGAUGUUGGCUGGCUGGCUGGCUCCAGUUACUAUUAUUUUGAUCUGUCUGUCCUAUGAGAUUAUUAUCGUUAUGCUGCUGUGUUAGGCUAUCUAUCCUUGUGUUGUCGUGUUCCCUACCUACCUAGCUAGCCUGAUCCUGAGGGAAGGGAAGGGAGAAACCGUUGAGCUGUUAGUGAUGAUGCGUUGGUUGUUGAAUCAAACAAAAAAGCCGCUGUGAUUCGGAAUUGGAAUUGGAAUUGGAUGGUGGAAUGCUAUGGUCAUCAUGGUUUUGAAUGAA